UGUCAAAGUCCAAGACUCCAAAGUCCAAGUCUUGAUACUGGAAAAGAACAGUUCAUCUCUGUCUACCAUGCACAAGAAUCAGAUUUUUUUAUUGAGUUCUUUGUUGGUGAGAUGGAAAAUAGAUGUCUAGAAAUCCUAAACAACAUUGGGUGUGGAAAAGCAUUUUCUAAAGUAGCUGGAAAAAGGCAGCUCCAAUCCCAGAGGCCCCAUCUGAGCCUCCUCCACUCCCCUACAUGAAUAGCUCACAUCCAUUAUCAUGUCUGCUUCCAGCUUCAAAGCAUAGAUCAUUCGACUUUUUCCCACCCGGUUGAGGAUUAAGCAUCGGUUCUUGAUGCUGAGGUCCUGUGGCUGAGGAAGGAUUCGUGAUCUCUCUUCAGUCCAAUUCAGGUUUGGGAAGAACAUGCAAGACCUGUUUCCUGUUCCCUCAUGCUUCUCUUCUGGCGAGAAGCUCUCUCAGGAUGUACUCCCUGCUGCUACUGCUGCUGCUGCAACCAGGUCGCGGCAGAGCAUGGUGGUGUCGGUGUACCGCAGCAGGGUCGCAGGUCACUGCCGCUUGGUCACCGUCACUUGGUGCAAGAAUCUGCUCGCGCAUGGCCUCUCGGUCUCCGUAGAUGGACCGGACACCGACAGCAGCAGCAGCAGCAGCAGUCAAAGGAACAGUUCCGAUGCCGCCAACAAGCAGCAGCACAGCUGCAAGGUGCAGAUCUCGCCAUGGCAGCCAUGGCGGAAGCAGGGCUCGAACAGGUUUCAGAUCGGAGGGGAGACGGUGGAGGUGUUCUGGGACCUCCACAGCGCAAAGUUCUGCAACGAGCCCGAGCCACAGUCGGACUACUACGUCGCCGUGGUGUCCGAAGGCGAGGUCGUCCUCCUCCUCGGCGACCUGCGGAAAGAAGCCUACCGCAGGACGAGCUCGCGGCCGUCCUUGACCGAGGCCGUCUUGGUGGCGAGGAAGGAGCACGUCUUCGGCAAGAAGAGGUUCGCCACCAAAAGCCGGUUCCACGACAAGGGAAGCCGCCAUGAGAUCUCUGUGGAGUGCAGCAAUGGCGGCGGCGGCGGCAACAUGGAUCUGGACAUGGAGAUAAAGAUCGACGGCAAUGUUGUCAUCCAUGUGAAGCAUCUGCAGUGGAAGUUCAGAGGGAACGACUCCAUCUCAAUCGACAAACGCAGGGUUGAAGUGUAUUGGGAUGUCCAUGGCUGGCUCUUCGCCUCUGGGCUGAGGCAUGCGCUCUUCAUAUUUAAGCCAGAGUCACUGAGUAGCGCAGGAGGAGGAGGAGGUGAUUCCUGUUGCUUGUUUCUCCAUGCUUGGAAGCUUGAUUGAAGAGCUUCCCAAGGGAGAAAUCUUGCGGAAGUUGUUUUGGUGGAAGAUGAAGAUGGUGAUGGAGAAUCUAAUACGUUGUUAAGAACAUGAGAUAAAGGAUUGAGGAGGCGGUCAACACAAUUCUGAUGAAACCAGCAAUUCUGGAGUUUGAUUCUA